AGCGCGGCCACGUGAUCCAAACAGAGCGUCCGCGCGAGCCCCGUCGCUUCCGGCGCCGGGCGGACGCCGCAGGGCGGAGGGAGACGGACGCGGGGCCGCCGCGCAGCGGAGCGGGACGGAGUGGAGCCCGCCAUGGAGUGCACGGCGCUGGAGACUCUCGUCGAGAUGGGCUUCCCGCAGCACCGAGCGGAGAAGGCCUUGGCGCUCACCGGGAACCAGGGCAUCGAGCCGGCCAUGGACUGGCUCGUGGCCCAUGAGAACGACCCCGACCUGGACGAGCCCUACGAGGAGCCGCUGCCACGGGGCUCCGUCCCGGCCGUGGAGCCCGCGGCCGCUGGUGGCACUGGCAGAGAAGGUACCGGCGGAGAUGGCACGCCCGAGGAGGACAGCAAGCAGCCGCUGUCCGAGGAGGAGAGGAAGGAGCAGACUAAGAGGAUGAUGGAGCUGAUCGCCCAGAAGCAGCGGGAGCGUGAGGAGCGGGAGAAGCGGGAGACAAUCGAGCGGGAGAAGCAGCGGCGGAAGCAGGGCCAGGAGCUGUCCCUCAUCCGGCAGCGGUUGCAGGAGGAGGAGAUGAAGAAGCUGGCGGAGCAGCGGCGCCGCGAGAAGAUGGAGGAGAAGCUGGCCAAGCAGCGGGUCCGCGAGAAAAUCGAGCGGGACAAGGCAGAGCGCGCCAAGAAGUUCGGUGCAGGCAGCGGUGCGCAGGGCUCUGCCGAGCCGCCGCCAGCCCCCGUUGUGCCCUCGUCCCCCAGCCAGGAGCCCCCUACCAAGCGGGAGUAUGACCAGUGCCGGAUCCAGGUGCGGCUGCUGGACGGGACCUCGCUGAUGCAGACCUUCAAGGCGAAGGAGCAGCUGGCAGCCGUGCGGCUCUACGUGGAGCUGAACCGCAAGGACAGCGAGGAGCCCUUCAGCCUGCUCACCACCUUCCCCCGCCGCGUCUUCACCGAGGAGGACAUGGAGAAACCCCUGCAGGAGCUCGGUCUGGUGCCUUCCGCUGUGCUCAUCGUGGCCAAGAAGUGCAACAGCUGAAGGCAGCAACCGGAGCCCGCACCAGCCCCGGAGCCCGUCCCGCGGCCCCAAGGUGCUGCGCGCAGCUCCCCUGGCUCCGCCAGGAAAUAAACGGUCCCUGUUCCCCA